GACCACACGCUAGUGGCGAUGGCAGACGAUCAGAUCCUAGGUUGGGGCUACAACAGCUGUGGGCAGGCAGCAACAGGGAGGGAGUCCUAUGCAUGGAUGCCCAUGCACGUGGACUGGUGUGUGGGCAAGGUGCAGGCACUGGCAGCAGGGGGAGGCCAUUCUGCUGUGCUCACUGUUGCUGACUCACUGAAGCUUCUCGCUGAAUUCCGAUUGGCCCAUUCUCUGGACACCUCUCUUCGCCGCCCGGGGGGGUUGUCGGAGUGCAAAGAAAGUUUUGACGGGCGGCCUGGGGGCAGGGAAGGCAGUGAAGAGGAAGAGGAUGGGGGGGUGACGCUGUGCCGCCAGCGGGCACUGGCGGAACAAAUCGUGGAGGAGUCGCAUCGGCUCGGGGCUGACUCGCUUGUGCGCUACUGCCUGCAGUUCUGGCUUCGAGUUACAAGUGACAUUGACCCAGAUAUGGAUGAAAAGGAGAAGCCCACAGCAAGAGGACGUCGUCGACAAUCCAUCAUGUACCUGGGUCUGCGCAAGCCCAAGAAGCGAGUGAUUAAGCCAAGCGAGAAGUUCCGAUUCUCCUUUGAUUGGGAAAACACCGAGGACACCUCACGCGACCUCAACCCCCUCUACCAGAACCCCCACGAGGCACAGUUGCUGUUUGGACGAGGCUUCAGGGCUGGCGUGGACAGGAGGGAGCAGAAGAAGCUUGCAGCGAAGAAUGAAGCAGACAUGCGCGCAGCUAUACGGGAGAAGGAGGGGGUGGAGGAGAGGCCAGAGGAUGCAGAGGCGCAGCAGAAGAGGGAGGAGGCUGCGAAUGCCUAUGACACGUUUGACAUGCGCGUUGACCGGCACUGGUCUGAGAAGAAGCUGAGCGAGAUGACUGAGCGUGACUGGCGCAUCUUCCGAGAAGAUUUCAACAUUGCUUACAAGGGCUCCAAGGUACCGCGCCCCAUGCGCAACUGGGAGGAGAGUGGGCUGUCACCCGAGCUGCUGCGGGCCGUUAAGGAGAUUGGCUACACCAAGCCUUCGCCCAUCCAGAUGGCUGCCCUUCCCAUCGGGCUGCAGCAACGAGACGUCAUUGGCAUUGCUGAGACCGGUUCCGGCAAGACAUGCGCGUUUGUCCUUCCAAUGCUGACGUACAUCUCCAAGCUGCCGCCCAUGACCGAGGCCAACGAGGCCGAGGGGCCCUACGCUGUGGUCAUGGCGCCCACCAGAGAGCUGGCGCAGCAGAUCGAGGAGGAAACUGUGAAAUUCGCCCAGUUCAUGAAUCUCCGGGUGGUGUCGAUUGUGGGAGGCCAGUCCAUUGAGGAGCAAGGCUUCAAGCUGAGACAGGGUUGCGAGAUCGUCAUUGCCACGCCGGGCCGGCUGCUGGACUGCUUGGAGAGGCGCUAUGCUGUGCUGAACCAGUGCAACUAUGUGGUGCUGGAUGAGGCUGAUCGUAUGAUUGACAUGGGCUUUGAACCGCAGGUAACAGGAGUGCUAGAAGCCAUGAAUACAUCAUUCCUCAAGCCGGACAGCGAGGAUGCAGAGCUGGACGCCUCCCGCAUCUACCGCGUGACCUACAUGUUCUCUGCUACUAUGCCUCCAAGUGUCGAGAGGCUGGCACGCAAAUACCUCCGCAACCCUGUCGUGGUAACCAUUGGCACAGCGGGCAAGGCAACGGACCUGAUUACGCAAAACGUGUUCAUGGUGAAAGAUUCUGAGAAGAUUUCCCGCUUGCAGCGCAUUCUGGAGGGUGUUGGGGAGGACCGCACUGUGAUUGUGUUUGUCAACACCAAGAAGACGGCUGAUGGGGUUGCCAAGCAGAUCGACAGGAUGGGGUUCAACGUGACAACGCUGCACGGAGGCAAGACACAGGAGCAGCGGGAGGUCAGCCUGGAGGGCUUUCGCACCAAGAAGUUCAACGUGCUGGUGGCAACAGAUGUGGCGGGCCGUGGUAUCGAUAUCCCGGACGUGGCACAUGUCAUCAACUUCGACAUGCCAGGCAACAUUGAGAUGUACACUCAUCGUAUCGGGCGAACGGGGCGUGCGGGCAAGACAGGUGUGGCGACCACCUUCCUGACGCUGCAUGACUCGGACCUCUUCUACGACCUCAAGCAGAUGCUUACCCAGAGUGGCUGUGCCGUACCCCCUGAGCUCGCCCGGCAUGAAGCUGCCAAAUUCAAACCAGGUUCCAUUCCUGACAGGCCCCGUCGCAACGAGCAGCUUUUCACGCAUUGA